AUGGUCGAGAAAUUCGAUCAGUUGAAUUUACGAGAACCACUUUUACGUGAUAUAUAUGGCUAUGGUAUCGAACAUCCUGCAAAUGUUCAACAACGUGCUCUUAAAUCGUGCAUUUCAGGUUACGAUGUGAUUGUACAAGCACAAUCAGGCACAGGUAAAACAAUAACCUCCAUUAUUGCAGUCUUACAACAACUCAACAUGGACUGCAAAAAUUGUCAAACAUUAAUUCUGGUACCAACGCGUGAACUAGCUCAGGCGAUACAUAGAGUAGUUUUAACACUAGGUAAACAUAUGAAUGUGACAUCUCAUGCUUGUAUUGGUAAUACGAAUAUUCAUGAAGAUAUCAAAAUCCUUCAAGCAGGUGUCCAAGUUGUCGUUGGUACACCUGGUCGGAUCUAUGAUAUGUUAAAGAGAUCAGCACUCCGUGCUGAAAAUAUUAAAAUGUUCGUAUUAGAUGAAGCUGAUGAGCUUUUAUCUCAUGGUUUCAACGAACAAAUUUAUGAUAUAUUUACGAUGUUGCCAGGAAAUAUUCAGGUCAUUGUUCUAUCGGUUACGAUGCCAUGUGAUUUACUCGAUAUCACAACUAAAUUUAUGAAUGAUCCUGUCAAAGUUUUUAUCAAGACAGAAGAACGAACACUCGACGGUAUUCGUCAAUUUUACGUAAAUGUUGAACGUGAGGACUGGAAAUUAGAAACAUUAUAUGACUUGUUCGAUGGAUUAACGUUCACACUAGCGAUCAUCUUUUGUAACACACAUCGAAAGAUUGAUUGGUUAACUGAAAAACUACGUACACGUAAUUUAACUGUGGCUGCUCUGAAUCCUAAUAUGGAUAUCAAACAACAAAAUGAUGUCAUAAAAGAAUUUCGAACAGGUGUCAGUCGAAUUUUAGUAAGAACAGAUACACUUGGAAGUGAUACUUAUAUUCCACAAGUUAGUCUUGUUAUCAACUAUGAUCUACCGACUAAUCGUGAGAGCUAUGUUCAUCGUAUUGGACGUAGUGGUGCAUUCGGUCGAAAAGGCGUAGCUAUCAAUUUCAUUACCAAUGAUGAACAUCAAACAUUGCAAAACAUUGAACAAUAUUACAAUACAAAAAUUGAAGAAUUACCAUUGGAUAUUACCGAUUUGAUUUAG